CGGCCCCGCGCAUGCGCAGAGGUGACCCGGCAAAAUGGCGGAGCUGGAGGAGCCGAGGCGGCGGAUCCCGCUGGUGCCGGAGAACUUGCUGAAGAAGAGGAAGGCGUACCUGGCCAUCAAGGCCACCCAGGCCAAGCAGGCGCUGCUCAACAAACGCAAGCAGCAGAAGGGGAAGCAGAUCCAGUUCAGGCGCCUGGAGACAUUUGUUCGGGAUUCAUGGCGCAAACGCCGGGAUGACACCCGCCUGAGGCGCAUGGAGCAGAGGCCUGGGCCGGCAGCGGCGCCUCAGGAGAGCAAGCUGGCCUUCGUCGUGAGGAUUGUGGACAUUAAGGGGGUGACCAAGAGGGUGAGAAGAGUGAUGGAGCUGCUGCGGCUGAAGAAGAAUUACACCGGCGUGUUUGUGAAGCUGAGCCCGCUGUCGCUGAAGAUGCUGCGGAUCGUGGAGCCUUACGUGGCGUGGGGACAGCCUAACCUGAAGUCUGUACGAGAGCUCAUCCUGAAACGAGGCCAAGCCAAGAUCAAGAAAAAGAGGGUACCUCUGACAGACAACAUGCUGAUAGAGGAACAUUUAGGGGGCUGUGGUAUCAUUUGCCUGGAGGACCUUAUUCAUGAAAUCUACUCCACUGGCAAGUAUUUCAGGAGAGUGACCAGCUUCCUGUGGCCGUUCCAUCUGUCGGUGGCUCGGCACGCGUCGCGGAACAGAGUGGGUUUCCUCAAGGAGAUGGGCAAGCCUGGCUUCAGAGGGGAUGCCAUCAACCAGCUCAUCCGUCAGCUCAACUAGUCAGGGUUUUUGUGAAAACUUCAGGAUCUAUGACCUGUUCCUUUUCACAUGGUCCUUUCAUGGAUAUUAUCUACGUGGAGUGAUCUGUAUGCAACUUCUCUUGACUGGUGCCUCUAUAAAAGAAGAAACACAAAGAUGAUGAUGAUGGAGAUGGACUUUGGGCUGGCCCCUCUUAAAGAAGAAGAUAAAUUCUGUUUGGUACAAGAAUGAGCUUCUUGGAGCAAUUUCACUUUUGCAUCUCUGUAAAAUAAGUGGUUUUAUGCUCACUACUGCAGACUUCACUCUUUGAUGUGCACCUGCUUCUGGGGAUGAAGGGGUAGUGGAGUCACAAUUGUGCUGACAGGUAAAAGAAAACACCAAGGUAUUCUUCUGUUACUGCAGCACAAGCCCUAGCAGUGAAUAAUGUCACUUUUUAAGUACCUAGAUUGUAUUUAUUUUUAAAAAAUUAAGGGGUUUGUGUUCCUGAUUUUAAGAGCCCUUUUUUGGGCUAGAUUUUUUUAUUUUUUUUCUCUUUUAAACAUCUGCUGGAUUGGGACUGUUGGGGGGAAUUAUUUCCUGGAAAUAGGAAAGCCUGAAAAGGUUGUAAUACAGUCAUGGGGUGAGGUAUAUGUAAUCGAUGUUUUUAAAAUAAACUUCUGAAAUUAUA